CCUCUAGAUCAGGUAGUAGAAAAUAGACGCGCUGUUUUAAAUGUGUGUUUGAAAUAAAAAUUGUGGAAUAAACAAGCUAAUAACACGAACUUCCAAAUCGAAUUAAAAGAAUUGUAUAUAUUGUGCGAAACCGCGAGAUAAUCGCACUCCGACCGUUAGAAAGCUGAAAGAUAUGGAAAACGCCGAUGCGACUUCGCAAUCGGAUGUCCACAUCGACUACAAAACCCCCAAGAAGACCCACUCGCUGAUCGACAGUGAGCAGUUGCUGGACAAGAUCAACAUCCUCACCACCAAGCCGGAGAAUCACUCCCAGAAUGCCAAGCUACCCACUAUCAAGGAUUUUGUCAUCAUUAAGCCAAUUAGCCGCGGCGCCUUCGGAAAAGUAUUCCUGGGCUACAAGAACAACGACUCGAAGCGGCUGUUCGCCAUCAAGGUGAUGCGCAAGUCGGAGAUGAUCAACAAGAAUAUGGUGUCCCAGGUAAUCACCGAGCGGAAUGCCCUGGCCCUAUCCCGCUCCCAGUUCUGUGUCAGUCUCUUCUACUCCCUGCAAUCGCUUUCCUACGUCUACCUUGUGAUGGAGUACAUGGUGGGCGGGGAUCUCAAGUCACUGCUGGCCAUGUUUGGGUAUUUUGACGAGACCACGGCCCGGUUCUACGUGGCCGAGAUGGUAAUGGCGCUACAGUACCUACAUCAGCACGGAAUUGUUCACAGAGACAUAAAACCGGACAACAUGUUGCUCUCCGCCAGUGGCCACGUGAAACUCACAGAUUUUGGGUUGAGCAAGAUCGAUAUGCGACGAGAUCUGGAAAUAUCAGACCUUAUAAACUGCUCACCGAAUUUAAACGCCCGCACGCCUGGCCAGCUCUUGUCGCUCACUUCGCAUCUGUCCUUUGGCUCAGAGAAGAAACUGCAUGACUUCGGUUCAGUUUCAAGCGCGCAAAACAACGGAAUGGGCUCGGUGGCCACGGGGACAUCCCACUUGCUGCAGGCCAUUAACAAGCACAGUCUGAUAAUGGAGCUGUCGGAUAGCGAGGGUGACACUUCCCUCAAUGAUGCAGAAAAAACUAGCGACAGCAAGAUUUCUGGGGUUUCCCCCUUCUUUUCUGCCGAGGAGGCCAAUGAAUCCAUUACUCAUACGUGCACUACCAACGUAAAUCCCCAGGACAGCAGCUCGUCUUGUUCGUUCCACACUUGUAACUCGGCUGACCUGAGCAAGUGCUCACCACCACUGGAGUCUACAGAUGGUACUGCUGCGGUCAAUGCGAUCCCCAGCAAGCGACGCGUGGAAUUCGUCUUAGAUGCGGCCCCCUGUCAGGGCUGCAAGCUGGCCGAGCAAGACAGCAGCAACAUGGCCACCAAUGAAGGCAAACAUUUGCCCAAGAUAGAUAACGCAAGCGAGGCUUCGUUUGAGUUUUCCAUGGUGCGCAGGCGAUCGGUCGACGAGCGAAAUCGCAUCUUAAAGGGGCAGGAGGAUUCAGGGGUGUCCAGUCGCAAGGGCGACGACUAUUCCAGCUGCCACUUGAAUCUGAAUAGCGAGAGCACGGCCUCGUCGAUUGAGAAGAAUGGGGACAACCUAAGCCAAUCCAAGGAGGACUUUAGCUGUUCGGAUUACUCGCGCAGUUACAACAUAACCAAUGGCAACGAGAUGAGCGGCAUCAACAUGAACUCGCCAUUUCGCAAUCUGUCCAAGCACUUUAAGCGCCCCGACUUCCUGCGCGGCAUGAAGCGAAAGAUCAAUCUGGUCAAUCGCUCCGACAACAUGUCCAGCAUGGAGACCGAUGGCUGCAGUACGAGCAAUGGGAGUACCAACACCGGACUUACGCAGGAGAUCGAAAUCCUCAAUAUUGGCAGCAGCACGCCAAAGAAGCGCAAGGCCCGUUCCUCACCGAUCCGGGGUGUGCUAAAGGUGCGCUCUUUAUCCGAUGACGAGUUGCCUAUGACUCAUCUGCUUGGUCCGGAAGCAAACGUGGCCAACGUGGUCUUCUCUACGCCCGUAUCUUCUCAGAAGUUACCUCGUCGAGAUGGGGGCCUUCUCGGAAAGCUCAAGGCCACUCGGUUCGCUCUUCCCCUGUCCAUUGAGAACAAGAAACGGGAGCACGCUGCCGCAGAUAAGAUGUCAGGCAUUCAGUACCACCUGAAACUGUCCGACGAUCCAACGAUGUCGCCUAUCAAUCAUGGAGCCGGCAACCUACCAAAGACGCCUAAAAACGUAAACAUCAAUACACCAUUCCGCACGCCAAAGUCAGUGCGUCGCGGGGCUCGAGUGUCUAACGAACGCAUCUUGGGCACACCCGAUUAUCUGGCUCCAGAGCUACUUCUGAAGCAAGGUCACGGUCCGGCCGUCGACUGGUGGGCUCUGGGCGUCUGCUUCUACGAGUUCAUGACCGGCAUACCGCCCUUUAACGACGAGACACCUCAGAAAGUAUUUGACAACAUUUUGAAUAAGAACAUCGAAUGGCCAGAAGGUGAUGAGGCAUUAUCCGUCGAAUCCAUGGAGGCUGUGGAACUGCUCCUAACCAUGGAUCCCAAUGAGCGACCAGCCGCAAAGGAAGUGCAGCAAAUGCGUCACUUUGCAUGCAUCGACUGGGAGAAUAUUGGCAAUACCGAGCCACCAUUUGUCCCGACACCAGACAAUCCCACUGAUACGGGAUAUUUCGAUGCGCGCAACAACCUUCAGCACCUGCAGCUGUCCAACUUUGCAGUAGAAGACUGAUGGCCAAGCGGAGCCCGGCUGCCUCCGCUUCAGCUUGCUCGUUUCGAGCAAUGUCCUAUCGUUAUUUAUAUUUUCAUGUAGCAAUACCUAAGAGUAGACCUAUAAUGUUCAUUUGUUAUCGUUCGUCUAGCCCUACGUAUUUAUAUUUUGUUUAAACUUCAUUCAAUUGUAUCAUUAAAUUUCUUGUACAUUUAUUGGAUUAUAUCGGAUCAUGAUUGUCGAUAAUUGUGGCCAGCGCAGAGUUUAUAUACAGGUACUGAUUUGAAUGUUGUUAUUGUAACUACGCUUAAACAAAUAGCUUCAAGUAUGCACUUUCGAGACAUGUAUAUCAAAUAAAGUUAUAGUCUACAAGAUUUAAAACCAA